UGAACCGCAACUGGCCUGACCCGACUUGAGCGCUGAUGCGACCGGUACCCCAACCCACUUUCGAUUCUCUACCACCAGGAUGCUAAUGAUGCCACCGUGGCCCGUCUUCCGCACGUGUUCGCCCCGACUGUCCAACCGUAUCCACGAGUCGUCGUCGCACUGCAAGGACAAGGAUAAGCUCGACAGCACCGUCAUCCUCUGUCACAGCAACGACGGGGUGUGCUGCGACGACUUGUUCGCUGCGGUGCUUGCAGGAAACGCAGAUAGCAUCACACUCAUCGUCGACCAACAGGGUUGCGACGUGAACCGUAUGUUCUCAUGUCGUCCCGGCGACCUCUGCAUGUCCCUUAACUGCGUCCGACGGUCCAAGGUGCGUACCAACACGACUGUGCAGCGUAAGUCCUCCCUUCCAACCGACGCCCAGCCCACGUGCGGGUACUCCCUCCUUCAGCUCGCAAUCCAAGCGGGCCUCCUCGCGUCUGUUGACGCUUUGCUCGAUGCAGGCGCGAACCCUGCCCUCCACCCCGAAACCAGUCCCAGCUGCCUCUGCCUGGCCCUUGCCCACACCGACGACAUGUUUCACCGUGUGCUGAGGCAUCUCAAGAGCGUCGACGACGACGCCGUCGAAGCUAUCAGCGCCGCCGGUUCGUUGCCUCGUUUCUCCGCCCUGUCGAACCGUCUAUCAAGUGCCCAGCGCAUCAAGGCGCUGGCCGUUGCCGCCUCGCAUGAGCACCUGCAUCUCGUCCAGCACCUAAUGGACACAGGGGACGACGUGGUGAUCCAGCGCGGACUGCACGCGAUGGUCCAGCAGGGCUGCCUGGCGCUCGUCCGUCACGUCGUCAAGUGCUACGGACCGUCCGUGGUGCUCUACUGCGAACCUAACAAGCUCGGCGACAGUCUCCUGCACACCGCGUGUCGAGCCAAGCAGCCCGAGAUCAUCAAGUAUCUCAUCCGGUGCGGCGUCGACGUGAACGCGCCCAACGCCAUCGGUGUGUCCGCGCUGUACAUGUGCAGUGCCCUCGGAUCGGACGUGGCUGUGCACAUGCUCAUCAAAGCCGGCGCGCAGCCGCGGGGGGCGAUGGGCCCACACGGGGACACGGCGCUCCACGUAGCUGUGCAGGAGAACCACCUGCAGACCGUCCGGCUCUUGAUCCACAGCGGGGCCCCGCUGGACGCACAGAACGAGCAGGGCAACACCCCUCUCCACGUCGCAUGCAUGCAAGGCCAUGCCGCCAUCGCCGCGUACGUCGUCCGCAAAGGCGCCGAUCUGCACCGGACCAACUCGAACGGAGAAACGCCGCUGGUGAAGGCCUGUCAGAUGAGCCAUCGGCGCGUGGUGGAGCUUCUGGCCAGUCAUGGCGACAAGGUCAAAGGUCUGGCGUACUACGACGUGAUGAAAGGCGGUCGCCACAAGAUCACCAAACCCACCAAGCCAGAUCGCGACUGGUGUUAAUCAUCUUAACUUAUAUUAACUUAUUGCGACUUCCACUGGAAGGAGUCGACUACUUAACGUUAACACUGGUCCUUGUGCGAUAACAAUGGAGGUCGAACGCACCGAGUCGCAUGCCCUCGAAGAUGUGUCGAGUAUGAUAAAUAUAUCUAUACCCCAUGUAGA